CAAAUUAGUUCGAAUUACCCGCGUUACGCUCCUAUAGUGUAGAGGUCGUUUUACGUUUUACUACGGUUCUGUGGACAAGUUAUAUAAAUCGAGAACAAUGGUGAAGAUAGUAAGAAAACUGGCAUUUAUAGACGCCUUGAAAGGCGCAUAUCAUAAACCUUUUUGGGAACGACUGAAGCACAUGUGGUUUGAGUUUCGAGAAUCUAACCAAGCAGUGGCAACAUAUGCACCUCUAACUGCAAUAGUAUGCAUACCUUUAAUAAUAAUAGUUACGUAUGGGAAAAUUCAUGCAAAUCCUGUUGCAAAAUAUUACGACCAUAUUAACAUUUAUAGACCCGACGAUCCACGUGCUGCACUUAUUAGAAAGGAUUAUUCUUUAAAAUAUUCCAUAUCUACUAUAUUUGACAGUAUACAUAUGCCUGGUACCAUCUAAAUUUAUAUCAGACAGAAGGAAUAUAGUAAAUAAAUAUUUAUAGUAGUUACCAAAUAAAGACUACACGCAUUGCUGUACAAUCGUAAAUCAUCUUAUUGAGAAACAGGAAAACUAAAAUACACGAUUAGAUUAAAUAACUUUAAUCAACGUGUAACACUGUAUCUAUUAUGUAAUCCAUCUAAUGGUAUAAAUAAAUAAGAUUUAUUAAUAUUA